AUGGAUUACGCCUCUAAUAUGAUAGGGGCGCAAGCCAUCACAGGCGCGUUUCGUACGGUCGCAAAGACCGUGGCCAUGGCCGAGGCCAACGUUCGAACGAGAAUUGUCACAGCGGUGGAAACAGUGCAGAUGGACCAGAUAGAAGACAUACACGAGUAUGCUCUGCCGCCAUGGACACCCCGCAUCCAAGUGAUGUUGGAGAGCGACAAAGAGAAGGCUGUCAAGGCAGCGAAUGACGCCAAAGGCAUUGUGACAGCAACGUCCAGCUCGCAAAGGAACGGCGUGGUGGGGAUGGGAGGCGUGGUGCGCAGUGUGAACCACAACCGCUUGGGCGUCGUUCUUGCCAGCUAUUCCGUUUGUCUCGGGACUGCGGAGGAGCAGAACCCAUACACGGCGGAGCUGGCCGCGAUAGCCAUGGCGCUGAUGUUGAUCAAGCGUCCUCGCGAGGCUGGUCUGUGA